GGCGUCUUUCUCUAAAGUUGCGCAACUGUCUCGCUAUCUCGCUCGGGUAGCUUCUAGGCUACGACUCGAUAUCUAGUUCGCAUUUCGCGUGUGAUUAGUCGAGAUAAGCAACAUCUCAACCACGUUACAUUGGUCAGCAGCACAAACGAGCACGACAUAAGCUGCCAAAAUGUUUAAAAAUCAUUUAGAAAUGAUUGGCAGAAAUGAGACGGCAUCGAAGAAAGCCAGAUUUUGGCAAUCCUUCGUGCGGUCUCUAAAAGGAUCGGAAGACAUCAGGGCAGAGGAAAGGUACAGGCCGACCCGCCGCAGCGUGUUCCCCGAGCUGUCAUCCACGUACCCGUACACCAAGUCCAUCUACGACGACCCCGUGGUCGCGGCCGAGAGGAUCACCGUCCCCGGCUACCGCUACCUGCCGGUCCACCGCGAAGUAUACGGCUACUCCCCGCGCGCCAUCUACGCUCACAACUACCCCCGUUCUCUUGACCGGUACAGGCCAGUAUACCACGUACCGAGGCGCAUCCGACGAGGCGUGGACCCCUUCGACGCCCACAAGGCAUGGCAGGACCAUCUUGACAGGCUCGCCGCCAUCGACCGCCUGUACCCAUCCCGCUACGGUCUCUACCUCAAGGACCGCGCGUACCCCAUCACCGACCUGAGCGCCCCCAUCAUCGACCCCCUGCAGCCCAAGAGCCUUAAAGGCAUUGAAUAUGAGCCUGACAACAAACCCCACUGGGGAACAGGAGCGUUGCCGGAGCGGAUAUCGAACGCGUUCAAAAAGGAUCCCUUUUUCGCUGAAGCCGAAAAAUGGGCAGACUUUGACCGGUCAAUGAGAGAGCUCUCCCCUGCUCGGUCGCUGCGAGGGAUGUCCCCUACACCGGUGAAGCCGAGGAUAAGUCCGCCGCGCGACUGCGAAGUUGCUUACGAUGCCGAUGGUGCGCCGAUAUACACCCCCAGCCGCCGCAGGCCCUGCUGGGCUGAUAUUUUCAACCCGAGCCCUUCUCUACCGAUCUCGGCGAUCACGCGGGACCCCUUCUGGUACGACUGGCCCGAGCUGAAGCCCCUCGCUAGAUGGGACCGCAGCCCGUCCUACAUCCGGGACUCGUACCUGUCGCCCGUCAAACGCACCUACCUCUGGGACAAGCAUCCGAUUAGGCCCUUAGAUUUAAUGUUAGCUGACGCCUUCACCGUGGAUGAUCUAAGCAAGACAUUACCGUUCAUGCGUAGUCUAUAAAAUGCGAAAAGCUGCUGCUUUCUAAGGGGAGUCACAUCGAGCCCACUGUAAUUUAAGUAAUAUUUAUACUUCUACAAUUUCAUAUUUAAUUUAUUACACAAUAUAUCUUAUUAUACUGACUGACUAUGUUAUCAAAAUUAACAAAAAAUAUGCUAAAGAUCAAAUAAAUUCGAUUAAUAAAACUCUAAAUCAAAAAUAUUUCACUAAGAUCUCAAAGACUGCAAUAACAUAGUCACUGCCACAGAAAUGAAAAUUUGUUAUACUUACUUACUUAACUACGAUUUUUGUUUUUAUUAUUACGAAACAUUUUUAUGUACACCAAAAAUAAAAAAAAGUAAUAAAAUUUCGAAAAACGCAACGA